GCUCGUACUCUGACUCGCCCAUUUUCUCAACCUCUGACAACCAUUUCCAUCAACACAUCAUUCCACGCAUCUAUUGGGCCCGGCAUACACCAAUGCAAACAGUCGCUAAUCACCUUCUUCUCCCCCCCACUCCCAGCAAACGGCUGGAAAAAUCUAUACGGGCCCGGAUGCCCAUCGGGCCUCAUCAACGCCAGCGGGCCCACAUCCAUCAGCCCAAAAUUCACCCCACUCUCCUUCGCCCUAACACGCGCUUCCCCAAAUUCCUCCAUCUCCACGUCACUCAAACACGUUGUGAAGAACCUUUUGGUAGGCGAAUUUGAAGCCGAGCUCGGUGAGGUUCCGUUUAGGGCAGUUGUUGUUGCAGCCGAUGGCGAGGCUGUUCUCGUAAUAAAUCGUGCUCUUUGGGAACCAACUCCCGACCGAGAAUAUCAUGUAGUCGAACGUGGAGUAAUAUUGGGUCCAGCUGUCGUCAAGGAUGUCAAGGUGCAGCUCGAUUUCCGAUGUGGAGACUCCGUUAAUGUCCUCGAAAAUGGCGGCCUUUGCGAGGAGUGGGGACCACAAGUUCCACACCGUGAGGUUGUGGGAAGGGAAGACCCAUCUGUAGGACUU